UGUCAAAUUCCCUGCUGCGUCCGCUCUCUUUCUUUCCGGUUGUCAAAAGUGCACUGCAUCCUAUACCGCUGAAUAAUGGCCGACGUUGACGUUGAUGUGCCCUCCGCUGCCCCCGUCCUUGAUGGCGCCAUGGACAUUAACACUGCUCUGCAGGAGGUCCUGAAGAAGUCCCUGAUCGCCGAUGGACUCGUCCAUGGCAUCCACCAGGCCUGCAAGGCUCUGGACAAACGUCAGGCAGUGCUGUGCAUCCUGGCCGAGUCCUUCGAUGAGCCCAACUACAAGAAGCUGGUCACCGCCCUGUGCAACGAGCACCAGAUCCCCCUGAUCCGCGUGGACUCGCACAAGAAGCUCGGCGAGUGGUCCGGCCUGUGCAAGAUCGACAAGGAAGGCAAGCCCCGCAAGGUGUGCGGCUGCUCCGUCGUUGUGAUCAAGGAUUUCGGUGAGGAGACACCCGCUUUGGACGUGGUUAAGGACCAUCUCAGGCAGAACAGCUAAGCCAAUCGGCUGUCGCCUGUUGAAUGAGAGACUACGUGAAAGUUUUUUUUACGCUAAUUUGCUAAUUAAAAUAAAAACGUAAGAAACUUGAAAAAAAAA